AUUAAAUGGCCAUUUUUCAUCUCCUGUUACUCGUUGCAUAUCCCAUGAUUGCAUUUGCUACAUAAUCCAAAAUCGAAGGCAAGGUUCUUUAAUGUACCAUCUUCUUCCAUAUAUAUACAAGAAUUACAAAGAGAGUUUGUGCAAGAUGAUUCCAUUCUCAAAGUAACACUGAAUUAUGGACAAUAUGAAACACAUACUUAAAAAAAUGGAAUCUUUGCAUUGUAUCCAUCUAGACAUUAAUCCUAGCUACAAUAUUCCAAAUGGAAGAUACUUCUUAGAAAUACAUUCAAGAUAUUUUGUCUAUGAAUCUGCAUUUAUUGAUGUUUAUACCAGCAAUAAAGGUACAAAUGUAGCAGUUUCAAAAAUUCACCCAAUCUCAAGAUAAAGACCUAAAUAAUAAUAAUAAAGCAAGCAACAAAGAAUACAAACAAGAGAUUAAAUGCUAUUUGAGAUCAUCCAAAGAAAAGAUUACUUUGAAGUAUAACCAUAAUUCAUAUAUCUCAAUAGAAAGAAGAGGAAUUGAGUUUGUCACAGAUCUACCAAAAUUAAUAUUUCUUCAUGAUCGCAAUAACUGUCGUAAUGUUGUAUUUUGUAAAGAAAAUGCCAAUGGGUAAUUAUUGAUUUUACCUAUUUCUUUAGAAGAAUUACAGUCAGCUGAAAGGGCUCCAUAAUAAUAGUGAUGAUUAAUGUUGUAUAUAUAAUACGAUGG